CCACCACUAGGGCCGUUGCGUAUUGUCGAGCCACACCUCCCUUCUCUUUCCGACGAGCUGGCCGUGCAGCGCAGUGAUAGUGUGUAUGUGCUGGGCGAGUUUGCCGACGGGUGGGUGUUGGCAAUGAAUGCGUCGCAGAAUAAUGAAUGCGGAAUGAUUCCACGGCGCUGCCUGUUCUUUUCGACU